AUGUUUCAGUUGAGAUCCGUGAAAUUGGACGGUAGCAUAACAUCGCUGGAGAUUCUAGAGGGUCCGAAGGUCGACGCUCGCCUGCUUCUAGCCGGCACUCGCAGCAGCGAGGUGUACGCGAUCAAUAUUGACACAUUUGUGCCUACCCUCGUCGUCACCUGUCAUCGAUGCGCCAUCAACGAUAUCGCCUUUCCUAGGGGUAUGUCGGGAGUGUUCGCGACGGCGGGCGCGGGGUCGGUGCGCGUGUGGUGCCUGCAGAGCGCGCGCGAGCUGCUGCGCAUCGUCGUGCCCAACUUCACCUGUGCCGCAGUCCUCUUCUCCGGCGACGGCAAGUCCAUCGUCUCCGCGUGGAACGAUGGUAACAUCCGAGCGUUCACGCCUCUCACCGGCCGCCUGAUGUACUGUAUACUGAACACGCACAACAAGGGUACCUCCGCACUCGACAUGACUUCCGACGGCCGCACGCUCAUAUCCGGCGGCUGCGAGGGACAGGUCCGCGUGUGGGACAUAAAGCCCGAGACCCAGACCCUGAAGAAGGUGUUAAAGGAGCACAAGAGUCCGGUAUCAGCCAUCCAGGUGUCGCCCAACGAUAUGGAGGCCGUCAGCGCCGGUACCGAUGGCUCCUGCAUUAUUUGGGAUUUGAUGUCACUGUCGCGACGGCAGGUGCUGUACGCGAACACGCUGUUCAUGUGCGCGUGCUGGGAGCCGCGCGGCUGCCAGCUGCUGACGGGCGGCAGCGACCGCCGCGUCGCCUACUGGGAGGCCGCCACCGGCAACCUGGCGCGCGAGCUAGAAGCAAGUAAAGUCGGCGCUAUCAACGGUUUGCAUAUCACACAAGAUGGAGAAUUAUUUGUCACUGGUGGCAACGAUCAAAUGGUCAAACUAUGGAAGUACCAGGAGGGUAUCUACACACACGCGGGACUGGGGCACGCCGGCGCCGUUACGUGUUGCCGCUUCAGCCCCGACGCGCGACAUAUCGUCAGUACCUGUGCCGCCGGGGGUAUAGUCGUUUGGAAGGUACCCGAGCAAUAUAUUCAAAAAGAGAAACCGCCAUCAGCCGUCCGGAAAGUUGUGGAGUCCCCAAAGUCCUUGAAACAACAGCUGCAUCUACCCCUGGAGGAGAAAACGUUGCAUGAGCGUCAGCACAAACUCCCCGCCGCCCCGUCUAAGGUGGAGAAAAUAGAAGCUAUGAACACUUCACGCAGCAGUGUCCAUUCCUGCUGUCCGUGCGACCUCACAGUCCGAUCCAAAGACUCGAAGAAGAGCACACCAAAAUCAGGAUCCGUAAAAUGCUGUAGACCACCAGAUAAUCUACCUACGAGGACUACAAGUAAAGACUACAUAAGUGGCAGUGGAGAUAGAAAAUGA